ACCAAAUUUCAACUAGCUCAAAACAAUUUUAUUGAUUUGCUUUGCUGGAGAAGCAUACAAUAUUUAGCCGAGAGAAAUAAUGUUUUCCGUUCAGCCUGAAACGAGGCUGGUGGGUCCUCUUGGUCUAGACCAUUCAUCAUAUGGCAGGCACCAUCAUGAAUUUGCAAUGUCCAAUCAGAAAAUCUUGAGCAUAACAAGUGGUGAAUUAUUUUUCAUUGAAUAUGGACCAUUGCUAAACUGCCCAUCAUCAGACCAUCAAUUCAGCAUUAAGAUUGUUUGGUGCAGUUUUUCUUUACAUGGCCAAUCUAUGAUGGGCCACAUAGAUGAACAGUGCAAACCUCAUAUAGGUGAACCCCACUUGGAGUUGUAGAGCUGAACAAACAAAAUGAUGGAUUGGCAAGGGCAGAAGCUAUCAGAGUUGUUGAUGCAGAUCAUGCUCGUCACCUUUGCUGUAGUCGCAUUUGUUGUGGGCUACUCCAUUGGUUCUUUCCAGACCAUGCUACUAAUCUAUGCCAGUGGUGUCAUUCUGACAACACUGGUCACCGUUCCCAACUGGCCAUGGUUCAAUCGUCAUCCACUGAAUUGGUUGGACCCCAUUGAAGCAGAACGGAAUCCAAAGCCUCAGCCAUUGGCUUCGAAGAAGAAACCAUCUUCUAAGCAUCAUCAGAAGUAGGUCUUGAAAUGGAACUUGAUUUAUUGUGGUUUUCAAUUUUAUGCAAAGCCGUAGUUGGAACUCUUGAUCUUUAGUUGCUGUUUUAGUACUUUAUGAUAGCAGAAAGAAACAUCUUUGCAAUAUUAUUCGCUCCAAUAAUUGGAAAGCAUAUGAAACAGAUAGGUUUUGUUUGA